AUGCGGCUUUCCGUUGUCGAUUUCCCUCCGCUUCUCCUCCUCUCUCUCCUUUCAUUCCACCCUUCCUCCUCCACUGCCUUCUACCUUCCUGGUGUCGCCCCCACAUCCUACAAUGUCGGCCAAAAAGUUCCACUCCACGUCAAUCACGUCUCUCCCACCGUCUCAGAGCACGAUGCCCAACUACACUCUGUUCUCUCCUAUGGUUAUUAUCGCCCUGAACUCCAUUUCUGUCGUCCCGAAGGGGGCCCCAAGGAUGUUCGAGAGUCACUGGGAAGCAUAAUAUUUGGCGACCGAAUUCGAACAUCUGCCUUUGAGAUCUUUAUGGCCAAGAAUGAGACGUGUAAGCAGCUGUGCCCGGAGGUUAUAUUUGAUAAAGAGAGCAGCAAAUUCGUUAAUAAUAUUAUCUGGGAGGGCUACAAUGUCAAUCUGCUCAUUGACGGCCUGCCUGCGGCACAGUUAAACACUGACCAGCAGACAGAGGAGGAGUUUUAUUCCCCUGGUUUUUACCUAGGGACAGUCGAGAAUGAUGAGAAGGUUAUCUUGAAUAAUCACUAUGAGAUCCAUAUUGAAUACCAUCGCGUUGCGAGCUUAGGCAAAAAAGACAAGUAUCGGGUUGUUGGGGUUCUCGUGAAUCCGUCCUCUCGCAAGCCGUCAGCGAGCGGUGGAAAACCUGAGUGUUCAGGCCCCCCGGUUUUUUUGAGUGAAAUUGGCGAUACUGCUGUCACAUGGACCUACAGCGUCAUCUGGAAAGAAUCCCCCACGGCUUGGGCCACCCGAUGGGACAAAUACCUUCACGUAUACGACCCAAGUGUGCACUGGUACUCUUUGAUCUACUCCGCUGUUUUCGUUGUUUUGCUGGCCGCACUUGUGAGCACGAUCUUACUUCGCGCGCUGCGGAAGGAUAUCGCGCGAUACAACCGGCUGGACACCAUUAACUUGGAUGACUUGAACGACAACCCGAAUUCUGUGGAGGAUGGUAUCCAGGAGGAUUCGGGCUGGAAGCUUGUACAUGGCGACGUAUUCCGCUGUCCACAGCACCCCCUAAUGCUGAGUGUACUAUUGGGAAAUGGGGCGCAGCUGUUUGUGAUGACCGGCCUGACAGUUCUUUUUGCUUUACUUGGUCUCCUUUCGCCGUCCAACAGAGGAUUCUUAGGAACUGUGAUCCUCUUGCUCUAUACCCUGCUCGGCUUUGUCGGCGGCUAUGUUUCAUCAAGAACGUACAAAUCGUUUGGCGGGGAGGCAUGGAAACGUCUCAUUAUCUCAACCCCGCUUGCUGUUCCAGCCAUCGUAUUUUGCGUAUUUUUUGCGCUUAACUUUCUGCUUUGGGUCAAGGGCGCCAGCGGGGCUGUCCCAUUUUCCACGAUGAUUGUUAUUUUAUUGAUAUGGUUCGUGAUUAGCGUGCCUCUUAGCGUUGCGGGAAGUUGGAUCGGUUUCAAACAGCCUGCGCUCGAGGGUUCAACAAAAACCAACCAAAUCCCUCGCCAAGUACCGCCGGCCGUUGGGUCGCUCCGGAUCGUGCCAUCAACUCUCAUCACCGGCCUCCUUCCUUUUGCGGCUAUAUUUGUGGAGCUGUAUUUUAUCAUGAACUCCCUGUGGACGGGCAAAAUAUACUACAUGUUCGGCUUUCUCUUCCUCUGUUAUGGCAUGAUGGUGAUGAUGUCGGCAACGACGACGAUACUUCUAGUCUAUUUCCUCUUAUGCGCGGAGGAUUAUAGGUGGCAGUGGCGAUCGUUUAUUGGAGCGGGAAUGACGGGCGGGCACGGUGUUGUACUUGGGCUACUCGGCGUUAUUGUCGUUUUUGGCCUGUGUUUUGACUGGUAA